AUGAGCACCAUGAGCCUACUGACCCUCGCCCUGCUUUUCUCCUGCUCCUUCGCCCGUGCUGCUUGCGACCCCAAGAUCGUCAACAUCGGCGCCGUGCUGAGCACGCGGAAACAUGAGCAAAUGUUCCGCGAGGCGGUGAACCAGGCCAACAAGCGGCACGGCUCCUGGAAGAUCCAGCUCAAUGCCACCUCCGUCACUCACAAGCCCAACGCCAUCCAGAUGGCCCUGUCCGUGUGCGAGGACCUCAUCUCCAGCCAGGUCUAUGCCAUCUUAGUUAGCCACCCUCCUACCCCCAACGACCACUUUACUCCCACUCCCGUCUCCUACACUGCUGGCUUCUACCGUAUCCCUGUCCUGGGGCUGACCACCCGCAUGUCCAUCUACUCGGACAAGAGCAUCCACCUGAGCUUCCUGCGCACCGUGCCGCCCUACUCCCACCAGUCCAGCGUCUGGUUCGAGAUGAUGCGCGUCUAUAACUGGAACCACAUCAUCCUGCUCGUCAGCGACGACCACGAGGGCCGGGCGGCGCAGAAGCGCCUGGAGACGCUGCUGGAGGAGCGCGAGUCCAAGAGUAAAAAAAGGAACUAUGAAAACCUCGACCAACUGUCCUAUGACAACAAGCGCGGACCCAAGGCUGAGAAGGUGUUGCAGUUUGACCCUGGCACCAAGAACGUGACGGCCCUGCUGAUGGAGGCACGGGAGCUGGAGGCACGGGUCAUCAUCCUCUCGGCCAGCGAGGACGAUGCUGCCACCGUGUACCGUGCAGCCGCGAUGCUGAACAUGACGGGCUCGGGGUACGUGUGGCUGGUGGGCGAACGCGAGAUCUCGGGGAACGCCCUGCGCUACGCACCAGACGGCAUCAUCGGGCUGCAGCUCAUCAACGGCAAAAACGAGUCAGCGCACAUCAGCGACGCCGUGGGCGUGGUGGCGCAGGCCGUGCACGAGCUCCUGGAGAAGGAGAACAUCACCGACCCGCCGCGGGGCUGCGUGGGCAACACCAACAUCUGGAAGACCGGGCCACUCUUCAAGAGGGUGCUGAUGUCUUCAAAGUACGCAGACGGGGUGACCGGCCGUGUGGAGUUCAAUGAGGAUGGGGACCGGAAGUUCGCCAACUACAGCAUCAUGAAUCUGCAGAACCGCAAGCUGGUACAAGUGGGCGUCUACAACGGCACCCACGUCAUCCCCAAUGACAGGAAGAUCAUCUGGCCGGGGGGAGAGACGGAGAAGCCUCGAGGGUACCAGAUGUCGACCAGGUUAAAGAUCGUCACGAUCCACCAGGAGCCCUUCGUGUACGUCAAGCCCACGCUGAAUGAUGGAACGUGCAAGGAGGAGUUCACGGUCAACGGUGACCCCGUCAAGAAGGUGAUCUGCACCGGGCCCAAUGACACGUCGCCGGGCAGCCCCCGCCACACGGUGCCUCAGUGCUGCUACGGCUUCUGCAUCGACCUGCUCAUCAAGCUGGCGCGGACCAUGAACUUCACCUACGAGGUCCACCUGGUGGCCGACGGCAAGUUCGGCACGCAGGAGCGGGUGAACAACAGCAACAAGAAAGAGUGGAACGGAAUGAUGGGCGAGCUGCUCAGCGGGCAGGCGGACAUGAUCGUGGCGCCACUGACCAUCAACAACGAGCGCGCGCAGUACAUCGAGUUCUCCAAGCCUUUCAAGUACCAGGGCCUGACCAUUCUGGUCAAGAAGGAGAUCCCUCGGAGCACGCUGGACUCGUUCAUGCAGCCUUUCCAGAGCACGCUGUGGCUGCUGGUGGGGCUAUCGGUGCACGUGGUGGCCGUGAUGCUGUACCUGCUAGACAGGUUCAGCCCCUUUGGCCGGUUCAAGGUGAACAGCGAGGAGGAGGAGGAGGACGCGCUGACCCUGUCGUCGGCCAUGUGGUUCUCCUGGGGCGUUCUGCUCAACUCGGGCAUCGGGGAAGGCGCCCCCCGGAGCUUCUCGGCGCGCAUCCUGGGCAUGGUGUGGGCCGGCUUCGCCAUGAUCAUCGUGGCCUCCUACACCGCCAACUUGGCGGCCUUCCUGGUGCUGGACCGGCCCGAGGAGCGCAUCACCGGCAUCAACGACCCGCGGCUGAGGAACCCCUCGGACAAGUUCAUCUACGCCACAGUGAAGCAGAGCUCGGUGGACAUCUACUUCCGGCGGCAGGUGGAGCUGAGCACCAUGUACCGGCACAUGGAGAAGCACAACUACGAGAGCGCAGCCGAGGCCAUCCAGGCCGUGCGGGACAACAAGCUGCACGCCUUCAUCUGGGACUCUGCGGUGCUGGAGUUCGAGGCCUCUCAGAAGUGCGACCUGGUCACCACGGGCGAGCUCUUCUUCCGCUCGGGCUUUGGCAUCGGCAUGCGCAAGGACAGCCCCUGGAAGCAGAAUGUCUCCCUGUCCAUCCUCAAGUCCCAUGAGAAUGGCUUCAUGGAAGACCUGGAUAAGACUUGGGUGCGGUACCAGGAAUGUGAUUCUCGAAGCAAUGCCCCUGCUACCCUCACCUUCGAGAACAUGGCAGGGGUCUUCAUGCUAGUGGCUGGGGGCAUCGUGGCCGGCAUUUUCCUAAUCUUCAUCGAGAUCGCCUACAAGCGGCACAAGGACGCACGCCGGAAGCAGAUGCAGCUGGCCUUUGCCGCGGUGAACGUGUGGAGGAAGAACCUGCAGGAUAGAAAGAGUGGUAGAGCAGAGCCUGACCCUAAAAAGAAAGCCACAUUUAGGGCUAUCACCUCCACCCUGGCUUCCAGCUUCAAGAGACGUAGGUCCUCCAAAGACACGCAGUACCAUCCCACUGAUAUCACGGGCCCGCUCAACCUCUCAGAUCCCUCGGUCAGCACCGUGGUGUGA